GAACAUGGAAAACCGGAUGUUAAAGUUGUAAUCUAAAUCCCAACUUUUACUUUCCAUAUCAGGUUAUAACUGAUUGGUUGUUAUCUUACGUGUAGUUAUCUUGUUUUGUAUUGAGCCCAGCUACCAAUUGAUGUCAUGCAUAAGUCAAGAAUAAGUAUUUAUUACAAUUUUGAAUGCAUCAAUGGAAAUAAUAAUAACAUACGAUUACUAUGCAUUACCUUCUUAACAGGUUUUAUGUACACGUUGUUAACAAAUUUUUAUAUUGGAGUUAGUAUGAUGAGUAUGGGCAUGGGUAAGUUUUUUAACUUAUCUUUGAUUCUUUAUUAAUCUUUAGUCUUUAGCCUUAACUUAGCGAGUUUAAUUUUUAUUAAUUUUAAGUUUUAAGGCAAGUAGUAAGUGAAGUCCACAAUGUCCACUUAUUUAACUUAUUAAUUAUUAUGUAUUAGUAUUAGUAUUAGUCCAAUAAUAUUAGUUAGCAUUAUUUAUUAUUAUUUAAGGAUUAGUCUUAGUUAAAUUAGUUAGCAUAAGUCCAUAAGCCGCCCAUGCCAUAAGCCUCUAGCCUCUAGGCCUAGGCCUAUUCAAUCAUUGUGUUUUUCAUUAUUUAUUUUAAAAUGUUUAGUUUAACUUAACAAUAACAAGGCACAAGGAAACAGUGGGGUAGGGGCAAAACUAGAACUGACAGGGAGCAUUAAAAUUGUAAUCACAUUGCAGCACUGCUAGAAAAAUAUCAGAUCAGAUAGCUCAGAUAGGCACUUUUUCAAACAACUAAAAAUUUAAAAUAAUACCUUUUUUUUUUUUAGAUUCAUUUUUUACAUUUAUAUUUAAUAUAAUAAUAUAUUGUUUUAAAAUAUAUUUAGUUGACUCGCACAAGGUUCAAAUGGUUAAGUGACAGAGUAGCACUUGCUUCUCUUUCAUGACCAGGUUAUAUUCCUAAUUAUGUUUUUUCCCUUGCCCUUACUCCUGUAACCUAAAUUAUAACCCCAUAAUAAAAAGAAUAAUAAUCGUGAUAAAUUAUGAAAUGGAAUACUGUACUGCAAUAGUAUAGUUUAUCCAAAACUAAUAAUUGAAAUAGUAAUUCUAGUAUAAUUAUAAUGAUUUAACGAAACUGUAUAACUUUCAUGCCAAAUAAUAUAAUAAUAGGUGCUCGAUUGAUCAGCAUCUACAGACUAAGGCAGGCAGGCUGAUUAAUCAUAAUCUUCCCAUUUGCUAAUUUUAAGAACUAAGCUAAGCUUGGUUAAUUUUGUUCAAAGAAUCUUCAACCUCAGUCCUGGUUUAGCAAUGUUAUUUCCGUCCAAAUUAUUGAAGUGAAACACUUUAAUCCUAAUGUAAUAAAGGUGUGCUAUGUAGCUUCAUAGGCCAAAUAAAAGCAAUAUUUUUUAAAGACUUCAUUUUUACAUCUGUUUACAGUCACUGCAGAUACAGAUAUGGCAACAGCACCAAACGAAUUUAUUGUUUUUGAAUUUGAAGACUCUCUAUAUUUUGAGAUAAUUUGGCCAGAAUCACUAAUGUAUACUUACAAACUUAAAGAGGCUAAAGACUUUGGAACAAAAUUUGUAAGUACUGGUAUGCUCUUAUUAACUAAAUUCUCAGAAAUGUCUUUUAUUUCAGGGUCCAAAAUGGCUUAACAACUUAACAAGUCAGUGUCCUUAGUACUGGAGAAUUUAUCAUAGUCAUGAGAACAUUACAGACUAGACUAUGACUUUUCUCUUGUUGUAGGAAGUGAAAAAGGGGGAGGGUGGCAUGGGUUGCUGGUGGAACAUUUGACAAAAGCCUCAUAUUCAAAAAACAUUAAAUAUACACAUGGACUUAUUCAUAAAUAUACGCACUUAGCAUAAUACAGGCUUAAAUAUUAAACUAUGUACACAUUUAAACAUAGAAUUUUAGCUAAGUUAAAGUUAUGUGUAGGCCUACUAUGAAUUUUGAUACCAACCAGUUCUGAUGUUAACAAUGUUCCCUCUAAGGUUUGUUGGUUCGUGUGCAAAAUCAUAAAGUUGAGUGCAAAUUUUUACAGCAUCAAUUUUUUUGCGCGCAAAAUUUUCAGCCUACAGCCACUUAAGUGGAAAUUAGCUGCGCAGCAUCUGUGAGAUUACUGCGCAGCCGCACAGCUUAAAGGGAACAUUGGAUGCUAACAUAUACUUGUAACUAGACUAACAUAAAAAUAUGAACAAUUAAUUUCUACCAAACUGAGAUUGAUACCUGUAUGAAAUCCAAAACUGGCUGUGAAAAGGUUGUUAAAACGAGAGGAUCCCGGCCAAACAGGAAUGUAUGGUAUUAUCGUAAGCCUAAUAAUAAAUGUUUUUUCAACAUUAUAAUUUAUAAUUUAACAAUUUUUUUCUUAAACUUUAUUCAUAGAAUUUCAAUUCCUAUCAUUUUGCUUACUUUCUUAUCUUACAGGACACCUUUCAUCAAGGAAUAGAGCUUAUAUUAGCCGAUCCUAUUGAAGCAUGCCAGGAUCUCUAUAAUGAUGUUCGAGGACUUGUUGUAUUAAUUGUUAGAGGGUGGCUAUUUUAUUUUUUAAUCUUAAUUAAUCAUUUUGUAUACUUAGGAUACUUAGACAUAGAUAUAAAAUUUAUCAAGGCUAUACAAAUACAAUAGUUCAUUGAUUUAUUUCAUUAACUUUUAACAAUUAAUGAGAACUAAUAAGUCCCUGAUAUGGCUAAGAGAACUCACGAAAUGGCUGCUAGUGAAAAAAUUUAUUACAAAUGUCUUUUUUCAAAUUGUUUUUUAUAUGUGCUGAAAAUGUACAAUGCAAUCAUAAAAUAUUUCCAUUUGUUUGGAUCAAUAAAAGAAUCUUAUCUUAUCUUAUAAGAAAAUACCACUAUUAAUAAAUUCUCUAUUAUUUCCUUUAUCAAAUUUAUUCAAGCCUGUAUGGUAACAUCACUUCAUUGUAUUUUAUUUUAUGGACCUAUUUAUUAAUUUAACUUUUUGGCAGGGAAUGUUCUUUUCUAACAAAAACCAAAAUAGUUGAGAAGGCAGGUGCUCUGGCAGCCAUUAUUACGGAUAACGAUGAAACAAAUGAUAACACAAUGAUAGACAUGAUUAAUGACAGCACUGACCGAGUUGUUCGCAUUCCUUCAUUUUUUCUACUAGGAAAAGAUGGGUGAGUUUUUUGUGUGCCAAAGGUAACUUACUUCAUUAAUAAUUAUUUGCAUUCAUAUAUGCUAUAUUAAGAGUCAUGAGUUGUUUGAUACCGAGUUAUUUGGUGCAUACAUUUACAAAUAUUCCCACACAUUUAGUAGAUCAUGGCCUCUUAUUGGAGGAAAACACUUUUUGUAAACUUGGCCCAGAAAAGAAACAUUUUGUUCCCAGCUAUCUCAAACUAAUCAUUAAAAAAAAAAGUAUGGUACUUUAAAUUUGAAAAAGAAAAGAGGAGUUUUGAAUGUGGCCCCUUUUUACUUGGAUAUAUAUUCAACUUAAUCUGAACUUUUUCACUUAUUUAAAAGUAAUUAAAAUCAAUGUAGGCCUACAAAAUUAUAAUUUAUAUCUGCUUAAAUUUUUUUUAAAACAUUCAUUUUCAGGUCAAUGAUCAGACGACAGCUUAGUAUUGUCAGAUCAGACAGAGCGCUUAUCAACAUCCCCAUAAAUCUGACAGGGAAACCCCAAGUUGCAGCCAGGAGACCACCAUGGACAAUCUGGUGAUGGUGUGAAAAUGAGAUAAGGAUCAUUUGUAUAUGUGCCUUAUUUUAUUCAAAAAAGAUUUUUUAAUGAAAUUUAAAAGUGUUUGUUUAAUAUUUGUAAAAAGUUACACUACAGUUAGCAUUUUAAAAAUAAUAUGGUACCAAUGUUGUUCUUUAUCAUAGUUUAUAGCUACACUGUUCCCUCAAUUUGAAUGGUUUCGUAUUGCCAUCUUCGAUAUUGCAGCACUUUUACCAAUACCGGUACUAAUAUUUCAGAGUGUGGGGUAAAAAUUUCUGAUUGUGGAUUCUUCAGUCUGUGUUCCGUGUUGAACAGAUGAUGAGUUUAAAAGUAGUAUAGUAUAAAUUAUAAAUGUGAUCUUUUCUUUUUUCAUUAUUCACUCCCGAUCAGUUAAGUGCAUAAAAAACACAAUAUCUAGUUAUUGAAUGCUUUAAAAGACCAAAUGACACUACAGGUCUUUUUUUUUCUUCUCCCCUGCCCCUAUAAUAAAAAAUGUCUUGCAUAUCAUAAUGGUACUGCUUGAGUAGAUGCCACAAUAUCAAUAUUAUGCAAACUGUGAUUCUCAUUACCACAUUUUGACCUGGGCAGCAAUUUCGGUAAACAUCGCCAUGAAAAAUGAGGGAACACUGUACUGAUAUGUUUUUUUUAUGUAUUCCUACCAUCAUGUUAGCAUAAGAAGAAAAAAAAAAAGUUAUGUUCAAAUAUUUUAAUACCACUAGUCUCAAACCCACUAGUUCUAACUUUGAUAAAUAGUAUUGUUUACUAUUAUUAUUGGAAAAUAUUUAAAUAAGCUAGGUAAAUUAUUCACCUCGACCUAUACUGUGCAAUAAAAAAAACAAUGCUGUGUGUUUCAAAAGCUUGGAUAUGUUAGUAUUAACCAUUUGAUGCAAUUACAUGUAUAUGCUUAUUCAAUGCUCUAUUAACAAUUCAACAUUUUUGUCUCACAAAGAUUAUUUAUUUUUAUUUUUAACUUAAGUUUUACCCAUGAAAUGGACUAUUUCUUAGUAGUGACCUUUUGGCGUUAAAAGUGCCUUACUUUAUUGGAGAAUAAAGAUGUAUGUUUCAGUGGCAUUUUUGUCCCAUUUGCCCUUGAGAAAUACUGAAUUUUUCUUUGAUCUUCUCACACUUUCAGUAUGUAUUUUCAAGAAGUUUAAGAGCUGAAAUUAGAUUCUGUUAUUCAAUACAGCCCAUGUCCAGCAAAGCAUUGGAUCUUUACACCUCACCACUAAACAGCUGUAAAUAAGUCUGUUGUGUAAAUGUGUGCUUGUGGUUCUUUUGUAUGUUUUCUUUCAGCUACUGUUGAGUUGAUCUCAAUCUUAGUUGACUUAUUUAAUUUGGUACGUAACCGAAUCGAGUGUCCUAAGUAAGCUACCUUUAUCGGUAACAAAAAUGUACUUUAUCGGUAACAAAAAUGUACUUUUUUGUUUAUUUAAAUUUUUAAAAAUGUAUUUUGAAAUAAUUUGGUUGCAGAGAUUUUCCUUGUGAUCUUAAUGUUUGCAUGACUGUUGCUUUAUUUGUGCUCUUUAUACAAACUGUGAUAGCAAAUCAAAACCACAACACCAGCCAGAUGUUAAAUUUCUCUCUAUUUCUCAGUGAAAACAAGUCUUAUUUUAUGUAUCAUACAGCACGGAGGGCGAGGGCAACGUACCUGCCAGCGGGCCCCAUGCAAGACCUUAGGGGAACUGUAUUGCUUUUGUAAAAUGUACAAAUAGUGAAUUAUUAUCUGUAAAAAAAAAAACUUGGAAAAUUUAUAAUCACAGCGAACUUAGUAUUACUAUUACUCAUCUGCUAAUUUUUAAACUUAUUUUUCAAUUAUUGUCUGGAAAAUUAUCGAGCAGCACGCCUAAAACAUUAACUCUGCACAAAAAGGUUGACCACACCUUAAAAAAUAUCAUCGGGUGCCUUGAAGUUGGAGCAGAAUUUUUUCUUUUAAAAAAUAGCCAAAGCAAGUUUAAUUAUCUAACAAAGUUCCAUAUUUCAUCAUAUUUCCUGAUCAUUUUUAUAUUUUUAUUUUAUCCCUUACAUUUUACAGACUGAAAGCUAAGAUUUAUCACAUUGUUUUAAAUAUGGAAAAUGAAGCUUCACUUAGCCUUACCUCGACCCCUCAGGGAAAAAGUACAUUCCUAAAAUAUGUUCACUUUUCAAAUCUUCAAAGCUAUUAAUUUAUGACAGAAAUGAUGUCCUUCAUGAAAAACAGUAAUCUUUUACAUGGAAUUUUAACUUUUAAACACUUAAGGACUUCGAUAUCACAUCAGGGUCUAAAAGGGUUAUUUUAUAUUUUGGUCAGGUUCACUAAAGACGUUUUUCUUAAUGUGUACUUAGGGCCUAUCUAUUAUGAUAAUGAACAUAGUGUUUUUUCCUUCAUGGCAAUGAGUACCCUGAACUUGCUGAAAUUUCCUAUCUUUUUUUAUUUUAAAACAGCCCCAAACCAACAGCUACCAGUUAGCAUUAAAUAGAAACAGUUAAUACUCUUUUGAAAUGGCUGACCUCAGAUUAGAACUUAUUACAUAGUGUUUUACUUUGCCUUUUCUAAAGCAUUUGUUUAAAUUUUAUUAAAAUUGCUUUGUGUUUCUUAACUCUUGGUAAAAGAAUUUAUGAUCACAAACUGCUGGUACUAUAAUGAAAACUUUGUCACAACACAUUUUUUUUUAUAACUAGUAUAUUUUUUAAGCUAUUUGGAGGGAAACUAGUUUUCAAAUCAAAGACUAUUAUUACAAAUAUUCCCAUCUACCACUUGUCAUUCUUUUAAAGUGUUUUAUUAAUCAAUCAGUGAUUUUACUUUGUUAUGAUGUUGCAUGAAAUCCCAACAUGUAAAAAUUCCCAGUGUUUUAUUUUACAUAAAUGGAUUGAUUCAAUAAUUAAAUACUUUGGAGAAAAAAGUCUAAUGGAUUCCAUAUUGAUUAUAUCUAAUAAUUACCAGAUAUAUCCCGCUUCAUAUUAUUAAUGCC